CUGUUAAAUUGACAGUAGAUUCUAUUUCAAGAAAUGAAAUAUUGUAAAUUACUAAUUGUGUAUUGUAUAUAGUUAAAGCGCAUUCGAUAUAUGAUUGAACCAUCUAAAUUUGUUAGUGUUAAGCUGAGGUCUGAAGCCGUAUUUCUUGUGCAGAGAGAAUGCUAGAGACCAAGUCAAAGCAAAAACGAUAUUGGAAUCGCAUUAGGAAACGACGUGGGAGCCAAAAACCAGAACAUACCGUAAACGGCUUUACUGUCAUAGCCUUUGGUAUAUUGCUAAUCCUAUUCGUUCAACAUACACAAGCUGAUAGUGGUAAUAGUAGCGAAAAUGGAUUUAGAGAUACCCUUGAGGGACAUGACACCAUUCAUGAGCAAAUGGGACAGGAGCAUUUUGCAGCCCCCGAUUUAACGGAGUACAAUGGGACGGUGACCUAUACAACAGAGCCAAAACGUAGUGCAAUGGGCCUUAAGCCUGUGUAUAAUUUGACGCACAAAAUUUUAAAAACAUUCAUCUUUGGCGAUCCAGCAUUACCAUCUGGUUAUUUAAUGGUUGUGAAAAAAGAUGCAUUAGCUUUGGGCGCCAAGAGUGAGGAAGACAAUUGGCAGGAACUAGUAUCGCAUUAUUGGUCGCUAUUGAUCUUUAUCUGGAUUAUGCUAUUGCUGAUAAUUGGCAUGCCCUUCAUAGCCGUUUGCUAUCUUUGCUUCUGUUGCUGCCGUCGUUGCACUCCUGGCUGUCCACCAUGCACCAUGCAAAGAGAUAUCUGCCUACAUAUGAUCUACAGCUCUAUAUUGUUGGUGCUAGUGAUAUUUAUCAUAAUAUUUGCUGUCAUUGUGAGCCUUGCCAAUAGAGUGCUGGAGCGUGGCUUCAAGGAAACAAGCGAAACUCUAAAACGUGGCAGCAAAGACACGUGUAGUUUCCUACAGGAUGUAUCUGAUCAUAUUCAUCAUUUGUUAAUUUUUAACUACGAAGAGCUUCAUGCGCAUUUAAUGGAUAUACUAAAUUAUGGAGACAAUCAUAUACUAUUGGACGUGGCCGAUGCCUCCCAGGGCAACGCAUUAUCAACAUUGGAAAAGAUAUUGGACAAUAUGCCGGAGGCACGAAUUUUAAUGAGGCAGGUCAAUAUUCUUGAGAAGAAUAUACGUUUCUAUGGCGCCCAGAUGCGUGAUGAUGCCCAACACUACGAUUUACCUGGAGGCCAUGGACAAGAUUAUUGAAGAUGAAAUGCCAAAAUUACUCAAGGGGGGCCUUCAGCGCUUUCAGGAAAUUGGUGCAAAAAUUAAAGCAGACAUGGAGAAGGUCACGCCACCCUUA